AUGGAUAGAAGGUGUGUUGCCAUUUUAGGCCAUUUACUAAGGACAACUGCUGGAUUAGUCGGAACAAAAGUUAUAGAUGUAGAGGAGAUGGUUGCCAUGUUCCUGCAUAUAUUAGCUCAUGACGUGAAGAAUCGAAUGAUACAAAGGGAAUUUGUACGAUCUGGUGAGACUGUUUCUAGACAUUUCAACCUUGCCUUGUUAGCAGUUUUGCGGUUACACGACGAGUUGUUGAAAAAACCUCAGCCAAAUUUUCUUGGUGCGUUAGAUGGCACAUACAUUAAGGUGAAUGUCAGUGCAACCGUUGUCCAAGGAUUGGCCGCUGAUUCCAGAAUUCUUGGAGAUGCAAUAUCAAGACAUAACGUACUGAAGGUUCCAAAGGGUUUUUUGGCCUCAUAUAGGGGAGAAAGAUAUCAUCUUUCAGAGUGGCGUGGAGGAGGUAAUGCACCAACAACAGCUCGAGAGUUCUUCAACAUGAAACAUUCGUCAGCACGAAAUGUCAUCGAAAGAGCAUUUGGGUUGUUAAAAGGUCACUGGACAAUUUUAAGAGGAAAGUCAUACUACCCAGUCGAUGUCCAAAGUCGAACAAUCAUGGUUUGUUGUCUGCUACACAAUCUUAUCAAUAGAGAGAUGACUAACAGUGAAAUAAUCAAUAAUUUGGAUGAGGGUGAUGCAACAUACGCUACAACUAGAGGUGACGAGAUUAAUUACAUUGCGGCUUCAAAUGAAUGGAGUGAAUUGAGGGAUCAAUUGGCUCAUACGAUGUUCAGUGAUUGGGAGUUACGUGACCAGUAG